CCGCGCUGCGCCGAGCGCCGGCGAGCGGGCGUCACCCCGCCUCGCCCCCCGCUCCACCGAAUCUCUCGCUGCCGGCAAACUCGAACGACCUCUUUUCGCUAACUAACGUCGCACCCGCGUCCGACUCCCGCGGAACUGCACUCGAUCCACGCGACUGCCGCGAGACGGCGGGCACAUUCGAACGGCGUUUGCGACUUUCGAAGGACAGAAUUUUUUUUAAGGGUACGGGUGACUUUAGUGGGUUUAUGGGACGAUGUUUUUUGAGGAAGCGGGAAGUAAGGCUCGGGUAGCACGGUAAGCCGAGUGGUGUGAUGGUGGCGUGCGCGCGGCAGCGAGGAUGGGCGUGCGCGCUGGCGGGCGCGUAGUGGGCCGCGCGCGAUGGACUGCUGCGGCGAGUUCCGCGCGCACGGGCAGUACGGCGGCGGCGGCGCGGGCGCGGGCUGGGACUACGCGCCGUACGCGCUGCCGUACGCGCCCUACGCGCACUAUUACACGCCGCACGACCCCUACCGCUACUACCGCUACGACUACCCGCAUCAUGCGCACCAUAACGACCAUGCCAUGCCCAUGGAGUAUGGCGCGUACGCGUCGAAGGAAUCUCGCGUGCGGCGCGCGAUGGCCCGCCGGGAUGCGCGGGCGCUUGGACCCCCCUCCCACCACCUCCCGCUACCACCCACGCCUCCACUAGAAUGUGGUAUGAACGGCCGAAACCCCUACUGCGAACCACAGAUGUGGCCAGCCUAUCAGAUGGGUGUAGGCGGUUGGAACGGCGCCAACGCAAUGGGCGGGGCUUGGAUGUCGCGCAGCACGUGCUCGCGGGACCACAUGCGCUAUCCUGCUGAUUGCAGGCCUUUCAAGGGUCCUCACCUGCAUCCCCAAAACCAAGUGUGCCCACCUGACGGAAGGUCCACGCCGUACCCAGUGUACGAGGAGUCCAUGUAUAAUGGGGAGAGUAACGCGAGGCACAGGAACACGCCGGAGUACCCUCGCGCGGCCGCCCCACCAGAGGAGGCGCGACCGGUGCGUGACCGCGAGCGGCCUGUCACACAGCCGCGCCGCUCCCCGCCCGAGGAGAAACGUCCGCCGGUCGUACCCCUGCCUGCCUUCCAACAAGCGUUCGGCUCCACUGAAAUUGGUAAAUUCGCCGAAGCUUUCAGCCGCGAGGUGAUCAUUGACGACGCCUCGGGCGAGAACUACGCGUUCGAAUCGUUCCCCGAGUGGGACGGCCCGACCGAACCGCAGUGGUCCUCGCAACCCGCCUCGCGGGAAAUAAAAUGCGAAGACAACUACUAACAGUUGUCUUCCCCUUAGUACUAAUUUUGGGCGGUUUCGCCUCUAGUUAAAUAGACAAUUUUUAGUUCCACCACCUUGUUGCCAAACGAGUAGCGAUGAAGUUCGAUGUCAUAGAACUUUAGAAUGUGAUACCAAAUUUACAAACGCGUACGAAAUGUAUCGGCGGAAGAAUAGUGGUGUGACGUUUAAUUUAUAUUAUAUAUAGUAGAAUAUUAAUUAGUUAUCCCUUUAACUAGUUUUAGACCGAUCUUGAAAAGAGAAGAAGAAACUUUGUUGAAUGGGGAUAUGGUAAAGAUAAGUACUGCAGUACAUAGAAUAACAAAAUGAAUCAAGAGUCAAUGUGCCUUUAUUCGGACAGCCCGGCCCAAGCCGCCCGAGCGGCGACCGCCCGCGUCGCGCCCCUCUAUCAACACACUAAAUUACAAUAGCAAUUAUAGGGACCAACGUUUAGACAAAUAUACACGACCCUGUCGCGAACAUGAUCAUUGUGCAAUAAGCUCAACGAAAUUUUAAUGUAAAGCUCUAUCAAAAGUAAAUUGAAUCUAUCUAACACUAUUGUAAAGCAUUUAUCAGACCAACAAGCAAAAUUAUAGGGAUCUUAUAUCUCUUAUUCAAUCACACUUCAAUAGUACUACAUUUGUAGUUUUCAUAUUAUCUUUCAUUAAAAUAAUAAAUUAGUAUUAUUAUACAAUUAACAAAGGUAAAAAUAUAUUAAAAGUCAUUAAUAAAAUCUAAUAUAGAAUUGGUUAGAAGUGGAGGAGAGCUAUUUGGAAAAUUCAAUAAUUAAGUAGUACAAACGUUUAGUUCCCAGGUAAUAAACUAAGUAAUAAAACAAAUGAAUGCAGUUGAUAUAAUAUCGAGGGGUACACGGCGCAGCGCGGCUACAUAGAGCAUUCGAAAUUUUUCAGGAAAGUUACGAAACAGUCAUGUACCGACGAGUAUAUUUAGGUAGUUAAAUUUGAUAAAAUUUUUAAAGAGAUUACUUAUGAAUAAAAUGGCUUUUUAAUUAAUAAUUAGGGGUCCAACAACGUUAAUAUAAAGUGUUUGUUGUGAUUUUAUUUUCCAAUUAGAAUCACAACUGACCGACAUAAAAUAGUAUAGAAUCCUGUCAGGAAUAAGAAACGAUCAGACAUUUUGCUUCACGAGAACAAAUUGGUAAUAUUGUAUUGUUGUACUUAAGUAUUGUUUAAAGAAUAGAAGUGAACCUUCGUGUUUUUUUAUUGUUAGUGUCUGUGAUAAAUUUGUUUAUUUUUAAAUCGUUCAAAGUAUGAUGUUAAUAAAAUUAAGUUAAUGUUUUAUCACCAAUGUUGGGUUGUUGCCUAUAUUGUUGAAAAGCAAAACGACAAUUGUUGCAAAAUAUACAUGUAUGCAUUUGCCAAAUUCUACAGAAUGUAUUAAAAAUCGGUACUAUCUUACUUUUCCAGUGAAUCUUGCUUUCUAGUGAAAUGCUUUUUUAUAUUGUAUUACUUUAUACCAUGAAUUUGUAUGGACGUUUUCAUUCAAAAGGUAUAUGCUGUGUAUUUAUAAUUUUAAAUUCAGUAUGGCUAGUAUUAACAUUUUAAUAAGUAUUCGUAAUUUCGUAUUUAAAGACAAUCAUAAUUAAAAGAACAAAUUCAAACUUUGCGGUUGAUUGGUUUAUGUAUAAGAUUAAUUAUUCAUUGUCUUCGUCCAUGCAUGUUUGCUGAAAGUAUAAAAUGUUCAGCAUUGUAAGCCUAAGAAAGUAAUUAAUUUGUUAGCAACCUGAGCUUAAUUCGGAAGGUCUUGUCCUAUAGGUGGUGCAUGGUUAAACAGGAACUUCCAAUGGUCUUCAAUUUCAUAGAACCUAUGUGUGUCAGUAUAUUCAACCUCUUUGGACAAAGCUGCAAAAUUAAUGGAGUGCCUUACGUAUUUAAUAUGAGAUUAGGAUGGAUGAAUUUUAUUCUAGCAUAAUUUGAUGAUAACACCAUAAUAUAAUAGCGUAAUGAAACUUCUUUUGAACCGAGUAUUUAAUUAAUAGUAGUUAAAUGUAAUGAUCUUAAUAAAAGUUAUAUAACUGAAUUAUACAUGUAAUUACAUACCCAUCUUUAUAUAAAGAACUAGUCAUGAUGUGCACUAACGUUUUAUGCAAAGAUAUUUAUGUUAUUGUAUUGUCAUGGUAGUUGUUACAUAGGAGGAAUUAGUGGGUGUGGUACACCAGGAGAGAUGCGUAAUUAUAAGGUUUCUGUUCCGUUCCCACAUUGUUUGUUAUACCACCACCUAGUUAUGUAGUGCCUUUUUACCCACAUUACACUAAUUACUCUCCAUUUAAUCUAGCUUCGCUUAACUAAUUCUUCAGCACUUUGAUUUAGGCAUUCAAUCCAAUCGGUAAUAUUUAUGUAAAUAUUUCUAUAAAAUUAUAUUUACUACCAGCUUUUUAUGUUGAUUGAAUUGUUUUCAUAUAUAUAGCGCCUUUAUAUUUAGCUUAAUAUAAAUAUGUAGCUACAUUCAGGUUAAGCGACCUUUACUAUGAAAACACUUUUGCUCUUGAUAAUUGCUUUGAAUUAAUAUUUUUUUAGUCUGUCUUAUCUAGUAACUAUAUUUUUAUGAGAGGAGUUCUCGAUUAUUAUUAUUAUAAAAAGUAGUCUGUGCCACAUUAUACUAUGUAUGUAUAUAGGAUAUCCAUCUUCCUAGAUAGUCCUAUUGUUAUUUGUUUAAGGUUUAGGAACAUAUUUUUUACUGUAGAGUGGUGAAACGACCGUACUUUAAAAGUAACUUGUGUAGGUGUUCCAUACCAUAGAGCUUCCUGAUCGAAUAUCCCACAUUUCGUCUACCAACAUAUUUAGGCGUGUGUUGUCCCUAAAACGUUCCAAUUUUUUAUAAUAAAAAUAUUAAAAAUAUCGUGUCUUUUCAAAUGCACUACAACACGUACGAAAGUACCACUAACAAUGUGUUUGAAGAUUUCCUUUCUGUCAUAAUAUAAAUCCAUGUAUUCCCUGAUCCUGGCAACUGAUUUGAUAUUAUGUAUAUCAAAAUUUGUUAUUAUAUAUUAUUAUAAUAUUAAUUUGCGUAUACGGAGCGUAACUCCAUGAAACGUUUGGUAUAGUUUGUGGAAGAUUAGGCCAACAAAAUUUAGAUUCAUAAGUGAUUAUGUAAAUUUGUUGAGGCAGUACUGAACAAAGAAAUAUAAAUGAAAAAAUAUGUAUCUAGUUAUUAUUAACCUUGUAAAUACUUAAUUAUAUUUUAAAUGUUUCACUCAUAUCAAUCUAGAGAAACUGUUUUAUUAGCAAAUUGUAAGGUUUGAUCCGAACACUCUGACAUGUUUGA